CUAACUAUUCCAAGGUUUUAAACAUUUUAAAAAGCCGGUGAAUCUUAACUGAUUUCCUAAAGAAAUAAUUUUGUUCUUUUUAUUUUAUUUUUGUGAUUGGUCAUUUAAAUCAGUAAAAAUGGAGAUAACGAGUGAAAAUUUACAAACUCUUAGUGAAUAUUUAAAACAUUCGUUAAGUCCUGAUGUGAAUAUUAGAAGACCAGCUGAAAAAUUUCUUGAAUCCGUUGAAGUGAAUCAAAACUAUCCUGUACUUUUACUUCAUUUAAUAGAUAAAUCUGACUUUGACAUGACAAUUAGAACUGCAGGAUCAGUUGCAUUUAAAAAUUAUAUUAAACGAAAUUGGAAAGUUGAAGAAGAUUAUGGAGAUCGAAUACAUGCUCAGGAUCGAGAAACUAUAAAAAGAUUAAUUAUCAAUCUCAUGUUGCAUUCUCCAGAUUCAAUUCAAAAGCAACUGUCAGAUGCGAUAUCCAUAAUUGGCAAAUAUGACUUUCCAGAUAAGUGGCCAGAUUUAAUUGAUCAAAUGGUAGAAAAAUUUAAUACGGGAGAUUUUCAUGUUAUUAAUGGCGUACUUCAUACUGCUCAUUCAUUAUUUAAAAAAUAUCGUUAUGAAUUUAAAAGUCAAUCAUUGUGGACGGAAAUUAAAUUUGUAUUAGAUCAUUUUGCUAAACCUCUGACAGACCUGUUCAUGACAACCAUGAAGUUAACGGAAGUGCAUGCUAAUAAUAUUGAGGCACUGAAAAUAAUUUAUAAUUCUUUAGUUGUUUUGUGUAAAGUAUUUUACUCUCUGAAUUUUCAAGAAUUACCAGAAUUUUUUGAAGACAACAUGGAAGCUUGGAUGUCAAAUUUCUAUACUUUGCUUACAAAAGACGUUCCAUUGUUACAAACCGAGGAUGAAGACGAACCUGGGCUACUUGAACAAUUGAAAUCACAAGUUUGUGAUAACGUGUGUUUAUAUGCCCACAAAUAUGAUGAAGAGUUUCAAACAUAUUUACCUCAGUUUGUAACGGCAGUAUGGAAUUUAUUAACUUCGAAUGUUCAAAAGCCUAAAUUUGAUGCUUUGGUCUCUAAUGCUUUACAAUUCCUGGCAACAGUAGCUGAUAGAUCUCAAUACAGACAUCUUUUUGAAGAUCCAACUACUCUAGGAAGUAUUUGUGAAAAAGUGAUUAUUCCGAAUUUGGAGUUUAAAGAGUCUGAUAAUGAAUUGUUUGAAAGUAAUCCUGAAGAAUACAUUAGACGUGAUAUUGAAGGAAGUGAUGUUGACACUAGAAGACGAGCUGCUUCUGAUCUAGUUAAAGUAUUUUCAAAAUAUUUUGAAAAUAAAAUUAUAGAAAUCUUCGGUUCCUAUAUCCAGGUUAUGCUACAAAGUUAUAAUGAUAAACCUGCAGAAAACUGGCACAGUAAGGAUGCAGCAAUAUAUUUAGUAGUAAGUUGUGUUAGUAAAGGACAAACUCAAAAACAUGGUGUAACACAAAGUAGUAGACUAGUAUCAUUACCUGAGUUUACAAGGGAACAUAUAUUUCCAGAAUUGUUAAGACCAAAUGUUAAUGAGUUUCCUGUACUGAAAGCUGAUGCCAUAAAGUUUAUAAUGACAUUUAGAUCUGUACUACCACGUGAACACGUUAUUGGUUCUUUGCCAUUACUUAUUAGGCAUUUGACCGCUUCAAUGACUGUCGUUCAUACUUACGCCGCUUGUGCUAUUGAGAAGAUACUUGCUCUUAAAGACCAAGAAAAUGUUUCUCAAGUACAGGAAAAGGAAAUUGGGCCUUUAGCGGUAGAUUUAUUGAAUCAGCUGUUUGCUGCACUAGAAAUUGCUGGUUCUGAAGAUAAUGAAUAUGUUAUGAAAGCGAUUAUGCGAAGUUUUGUUAUUUUACAAGAUAACGUAGUACCUCAUCUUGCUAAUUUAUUGCCUAAAUUAACAGAAAAACUUGUAACUGUAGCUAAAAAUCCAAGUCGUCCAAAUUUUAAUCACUAUUUAUUCGAAACUCUCAGCUUAUCCAUAAAGAUUGUUUGUAAACGAAAUGCGGAGGCUAUUGUUUCCUUUGAAGAAACACUUUUUCCCAUUUUUCAAGCAAUAUUACAACAAGAUGUUCAAGAAUUUAUACCGUAUGUUUUUCAAAUUCUUGCAUUACUUCUUGAGUUACGAACUGAGCAAAACGUUCCUGAACCAUACAUGGCUCUAUUUCCAUGUUUAUUAGCACCAGUAUUAUUUGAAUAUCAAGGAAAUAUACAUCCAUUAAACAGAUUGUUACAAGCUUUUAUUUCAAAAGGAGCUCAUCAAAUUAUUGCACAAGACAAAAUUAGUGCUCUCUUAGGAGUGUUCCAGAAACUAAUUGCAUCAAAAGCUCAUGAUCAUGAAGGUUUCUUAUUGAUUCAAUGCAUAAUUCAACACUUUCCUACAGAAGCACUACAGUCUUAUAUGAAGCAAGUUUUCAUGCUGUUUUUCCAAAGGCUUUCUUCAAGCAAAACAGUGAAAUUCGUAAAGGGCCUCAUUGUAUUUUUCGCGUACUAUAUCCUGAAAUAUGGUGGUCCUAAUUUGAUUGCAAUCAUAGAUGAAAUUCAGUCUCAAAUGUUUGGUAUGGUUUUGGAGAGAGUGAUUAUUUCCGAUUUACAAAAAGUUACCGGUGAAAUAGAGAGGAAAGUUACAGUAUUUGGUUACUCAAAUUUACUUACUAAUUGUCCAGCAUUGUUGGAGCCUCCAUAUGCCUCUUUCUAUCCACAAUUGUUAGCUUCCGUUGUGGAAUUACUUGAGACACCACACGGUGAUCAACUAGUAAAUGAAGAGCAAGUAUUUCCUGAAAUUGAUGAUAAUGUAGGUUAUCAAGCGGCUUAUAGUCAGCUUCUAUUUGCUAAAAAUGUGAAAGCAGACCCUUUUACAGCCGUUGGCGAUGUUAGAAUGUUUUUGGCCCAAGGACUGGGUAAAUUAUCAUUGGAUCAAUUAUCACAAAUUUUACUUCAAAUACCAGAUCCAAAUGGAAGUCACUUAAAAAAGUAUCUUCAAGCAGCUGGUAUAAAUGUCAUAUAGUGGAAAAAGUAUUACAUUAAGUGAUUUAAUUCUGUAAUCCAUAAACAUGUGUAAUAACAUUUAAUAGUAAAUUUGCACUAAUAAAUUUUAUUUUUAAAAACUUU